AUGCAGGCGGUUGUUGCUGCAGCUGUCGGGGUCCUUGUCACCCCUGCACACCUUGAUCCGGGCCUGUGCUUCCGUCCACACCCGACCACCCUGAUCCUGACCACCCUGAUCCUGACCACCCUGAUCCUGACCACCCUGAGCCCGACCACCCCGAUCCCGACCACCCCGAUCCCGACCACCCCGAGCCCGACCACCCCGAGCCCGACCACCCCGAUCCCGACCACCCCGAUCCCGACCACCCCGAUCCCGACCACCCCGAGCCCGACCACCCCGAGCCCGACCACCCCGAUCCCGACCAUCCCGAUCCUGACCAACCCGUUCCCGACCACCCCGAUCCCGACCACCCCGAUCCCGACCACCCCGAGCCCGACCACCCCUGAUCCUGACCUCCUGACCCUGACCAUCCUGAUCCUGAUCACCCUGAUCCUGACCACCUGA